UUUAACUGCUGGUGAAUGGAGCAGGUUUUUAUCUGUGCUCAUUUGUUUACUUAACUGAGGAUGGUGUGUUACACCUUAACAUUUUAUUUAUUAUGUAUACCAACUUUUAGUUUUUCUUUUUUUGCACAAUAACGGGACUUUUUGUUGAGAGUUGAGGAGUUAUUAGCUCAUUGCAUCAUCGACCUAUCAACUUAUACUAUUUGCAUAAUUUAUUCUGGUUUUGCUCGCUAUAGGGAAGGGCAGUGGGCAAGGCAAGGCAAAGAGCUCCAUCCACCGGAAACCUUAUUUAGUUGCUCCUCAGGCUUCCAAAAUGCAUGACUCUUUCAAGCGUAUCUUUGUAGCCUUGAAGACCACAAAACUGCUGAGAUGUCAUCUAAGGCCCUGUGGAGCCUGCUGCGGAACCAUCUCCGAGGCAGCCUGCGAACACUGAAGGUGCGAGGAUCCCUCCACUCUGCUCGGAAACAAGAAGUGUUCUCCCCAGCAUUGAUGCAGGCCUUGGGCAAGCAGUGCCCCGGUCUCCACCGCCUGUGCCUGACUGAGACAGACCUCCGCUCACUCCCCUAUGAUUGUAUUCCCUCGACUCUCACAACCCUAGAACUGAGCUGCUGUGAGAUCGCUUCUGCAUGGUUCCAAGUGCCUGCAGCCUCUCCGAACUCCCAGGCCUUCCCCCAGAUCCAGCACCUUGUGAUCCGGAAUGUCCCUGCUUUCUCCAACCAGCACCUGCUGAAUGUUUCAAUCCAGGGCACGCUCAAGACUCUUGUCCUGUCUGAGGCCUACCGGGUAACAGAUGUGGGAAUCCAGACAGCAGCGCCACAUCUGGGAGACCUGGAGUUGCUUGCCCUUCGCCAGUGUAGCAUCGGUGAUUCAGCCACCCAUUUCAUCGGGCGUCAUAUGAAGCGCCUGCAUAAUUUAGACCUCGGAGGCAGCCCUUCCCUGACAGAUGCAGGUCUUGCUUGCCUAACCAGCUUGCUAGGCUUGGAGGAGCUUGGUCUGGAAUCCUGCUGCAGCCUGUCUCCAGAGGCCAUUGUAGCUGUUUGCCAGGCACUGCCCCAGCUUAGGCACAUUGAUUUAAGCAGGAUAGCGUUUGAGGUCCAGAUGAUCCACAAAAUCCAAGCAGGUCUGCCAAAGUGUGUGGUGACAAACACGGUCUCCAGCUCAGAUUCCAAUGCGGAAUCUGAGCAACUGGAGAGUUGAGCACACAGUUGAACAAAGCAAAAGAUGGCAGCGACAGAAGGAAACAGUCCUUUCAUUGUAGUGCAUCUGUGCUAAACUGGAAACACGAGAGAGAGGACAAAAGAAGUCCCUUCAAAAGCCGGUAGUUCCUCCGAGGCUAAAAAUUAAAGUGCUGUUGCACAAACUGCAUAGCCAGCAUUGGUAUUUCAGGUUGUCCCCAAUUUUGGUAUGGGGAUAAGUGAGCGUUUGUGGGCUGCAGGCAUCAGACAGGCUGCACUUUUAUUUGUGCCCUUUCACUACAGCCAUGCAGACCUAACCUUGCUUGGAGUUCCUGGAUUUGUUAUUCAAACAGCCCACUGCAGCCCAUCCCUUCCCAAUACUAUUCUUUUGAAUUAUUCAGGAAAAGUGCUCUCUCUCUCUCUCUCUCUCUCUCUCUCUCUCUCUCUCAACAAGCAGGGCUAUUGCACCUCUAGAACAGCAUAUGCUUCUAUUUCAAGGGCUUAAAUACCUGCCUCUUCACCUGAUGUGCCAGCUCUUAAAUCUAACACACAUUGGUAAUAAAUUACCUGUGCUGAAAUCUGUAUUCCAAGACUUGUGCUUUAAAAAGAUUUAACGUGUUGCACUGAUUAGCUUUCGCACAAUAGUAAAUGCAAUGGCUAUGAUUCUGGAUAAUCUAAUGAAAUUUAUUUUAUUUUAGCUUUCUAAUAAAAAUAACUCACCAGC